UAACUAAUCUCAUCCCAAACUCUCCUCGAUGAUGAUCACCGUUAAGCAAUUAUUAUGUGCCGUAUUCUUCGUCCUCUUAAACUCUCUUCUUCAUCAAGUACGGGGUCAAAGUUACCAACUUAACACAACCUCUUCAUGGCUUAAGAGCCACACCAAAGCAGCUACAACAACAAAUUGUGGUAGGGCAAAGCCACCGAUGUGUAAACCAAGGACUUGCAAACUAUCCGGACCACCAAUGGCUCGGAUGAAAUGUUGUCGUAACCAAUGCGUCGAUGUCUUGUCCGAUCCAAACCAUUGUCGGUUCUGUUUCCGGAGUUGUCGGUUCGGGUUAUCAUGUUGUGGUGGAGAUUGUGUGGACACAAACGAUGAUCCGUCUAAUUGCGGACAGUGCGGGAACGAGUGUGAGUCGGGUGCGCCGUGUGAGUUUGGUAUGUGUGGUUAUGCUGCUCCGUCGUCACAGCCUGGAACUAGAAAACGUCAUCAUCGUCCUAAGUUUCAUAGGCCAUGUCCUCCUUCUUCUCCGGACAGUAAACUUUACGAUGAUCGUGAUGAUGAAUGAAUCGUUCAUAACGUGGUUAGAUACUGAUGAGAUCGAGUCUUUGAGUUUAACAUUUGUUGUUCUGCGUUGAUUGAUCAUAUCGUGUAAUUUCGAGUUCAUUUUUUUUUUUUGAUGAAAUUUAUUUUGUAAUGAUAAUAAUUUUGGUUAUAUGAGUGGUUUAUGCUUAGGAUUCGCGGUAUUUUGUAUGGUGUCAUUUAAUUUGUAAUGUUAAGUCGUCGCC